GGCUGCGGGCGCUCUAAGUAGCAGCGCCCUACGCCGCCUGUCAGUUCCUCUCGCGACGCCUCGGGGCAGUGGACGCGCUCAGCUAUUGUCCAUUUCCCCUUACCUUCUUCUCUGCGGCCAGCUGUACCUCGGUUUCCCUCGAAGGACCGGAGACCGCAGGGGCGUCCGUGGAGCCCGGGAAAGCGGCGCCGGGCGCAAUGGGACGGAGGUCGCGGAGAAGCUCGCGGGACCGCGCGCUCCGGGAACCCAAGCCGGACCCCGGGGCCUCCAUGGAGUCCCCAAGCGCGGAGCUCUGGCUUUUUCCCAGCCCCGCGGGCCUCCGCAGCGCUUUGCCCAAGAGGCUAGAGACGACGCGCCAGAUCUGUUGCACGCGGGGGCGCCUGGCUGUGCUGGAGCGUGGCGGGGCUGGCGUCGAGGUUCACCAGCUGUCGGCGGGAUGCGGCGACGCCAAGAAUAUUAAGUUACAGAAAAAAAUGAAGAUACAUUCCAUGGACCAGGGAGCAGAACACAUGCUGAUUCUGUCCUCAGAUGGAAAACCAUUUGAAUACAACUUUACCAUAGAACAUGCAAGGGCUCAAUGUGUUUUACAAGAAAAAAAUAUAAUUCAGAUCACAUGUGGAGAUUAUCAUUCUCUUGCACUCUCAAAAGGUGGUGAGCUUUUUGCCUGGGGGCAAAAUGUACACGGCCAACUUGGAGUUGGAAGAACAUUUGUCUCAACCUCCACACCACAGAUUGUGGAGCAUCUUUCAGGAGUCCCCUUGGUUCAGAUUUCUGCAGGAGAAGCCCACAGCAUGGCCUUAUCUAUGUCUGGAAACAUUUACUCAUGGGGAAAGAAUGAUUUGGGACAACUAGGUCUUGGCCACACCAAUGAUAAGGAUUCUCCUUCCCUUAUUGAAGAACUAGACAAUCAGAAAGUUGAAUUUCUCACUUGUGGUGGCUCUCACACUGCCUUGCUCACGGAGGAUGGGCUGGUGUUUACUUUUGGUGGUGGAAAAUAUGGGCAACUUGGUCACAAUUCAACACAGAAUGAGCUAAGACCCCGUUUGGUGACUGAGCUCGUUGGGAAUAGAGUGACCCAGAUAGCAUGUGGAAGAUGGCACACACUUGCCUUUGCUUCUGAUUUGGGAAAGGUCUUUGCUUUUGGUUCUGGAAAAGAAGGACAACUGGGAAACGGUGGAACACGUAAUCAGCUGAUACCACUUCUCAUGAAAUUGCCAUCAAAUGAAGAACUCAAAUUUGAAAGUCACACCUCAGAAAAGGAGUUAAUAAUGAUUGCUGGAGGGAAUCAAAGCAUCUUGCUCUGGAUAGAAAAGGAGAAUUCCUAUGUUAAUAUGAGGAGGAAAAUUCCUACUUUGAAUGACAGGACUGUAAAGCGAUGGAUUGAUGAUGUGGGGACUAAAGAGUGGCAGAGUACAAAAAGGGAAAUCAGAGAGAUAUUUUCAUAUCCUGCUUGUCUGACUGGAAGUUUUUUAGAGAAAAGAAUAAUUGCAGAAACAAUGUCUAUUCAUGUGGACUUAAAUAAAGCAAGAAACACCUUUAAGGAGUUAACCCAAAAGGACUGGAUUACUAGCCUGAUAACCACAUGUCUCAGGAAUACUCUUCUCAGAAAUCUUCCGUUUUGUUCUCCAUUCCAAGAAGCUUUAGAAGUUUUCGUCCUGCUCCCAGAAUGGCCUGAGAUGUAUGAUUCUGACAACUGGGAGAGCCUAGUGGUUCCAUUUGCAGAGGCUGUUUGUAAAAUGAGUGACCAGUCUUCAGAGAUUCUGGAGAAGCACUGGGUAUCUUUGCCAGAACCUGCUUUCAGCAAGCUGGUCCAGAUGCUUAAAAGAGCCAUCAUCUCUCAAAUGAAUUCUUGGACUGAGAGUGCUGAAAACAUCUGUAAUAUUAGAGCUCUCCUAGAAAUGCUGAAAAGGUUGCACAGGGUAAACCAGGCUAAAUGUUACCUACCUGAAAUUACUUUCAGCAUAAAUGAACUCUCACACUGGCUCAAUUUUCAUACUGAAGUACGUAAAAGGUACUUGUUGAAAAUGGAAACUUCAAUAAAGAACCCAUGUCCUGUCAUAUUCAGUCACUUUCCAUUUAUUUUUAAUAUUCUGUCAAAAAUUAAACUACUAUAUGCAGACUUACUUUUUAAAAAACAGGAGAGACUUCUUAAAAGCUUGUCAGGAACUGCAGAACAAGAGGGGUCCGAAUCAUCUUUGCUGCCCUUCUCUGAUCUAACAGUCAGAAGAAGUCACUUGACUGAAGAUGUUUUGAAUCAGCUGAAUCAGUUUGAGAAUGAAGACCUGAGGAGAGAGUUAUCGGUUUCAUUUAGGGAAGAAAUUGGCAGUAGCUUUGGAGGGGUCAGGACAGAGUUCUUCUACUGUCUGUUUGAAGAGAUGAACCAGCCAGAAUAUGGGAUGUUCAUGUAUCCUGAAGAGGGUUCCUACAUGUGGUUUCCUGUCAGGCCUAAAUUUGAGGAGAAGAGAUAUUUCUUCUUUGGGGUACUAUGUGGACUCUCCCUAUUCAAUUACAAUUUUUCCAACGUCCCUUUCCCACUGGCACUGUUUAAGAAGCUUUUGGGCCAAACACCAUCAUUGGAAGACUUAAAAGAACUCAGUCCUGUUUUGGGAAUGAGUUUGCAAACACUUCUGGAUGAUGAAGGUGAUGACUUUGGAGAAGUAUUUUACAUCCACUUUAAUGUACACUGGGACAAAAAUGAUGUCGACUUAAUUCCAAAUGGAAGUCACAUAAUUGUCAACCAGACUAACAAGAGGGACUAUGUUUCUAAGUGUGUUGAUUAUGUCUUCAACAUCUCUGUAAAGACAGUUUAUGAUGAAUUUCAGAGAGGAUUUUACAAAGUGUGUGACAAGGAAAUUAUUGAACUUUUCCACCCUGAAGAACUAAAGGAAGUGAUUAUUGGGAGUACAGACUAUGACUGGGAAGCAUUUGAAAAGAAUGCAUGUUACAAAGAUGGAUAUAACAGUUCACAUCCCACCAUAAUCAUGUUUUGGAAAGCUUUACACAAAUUAACUCUGGAGGAGAAGAAAAAAUUCCUCAUAUUUCUUACAGGAACUGACAGAGUGCAAAUAAAAGGUUUAGAGAAUAUGAAAAUAACUGUUUGCUGUCCUGAAAAUUUGAAUGAAAAAGAUCCCAUAAGAGCACAGACAUGUAUUAGUUUCCUCUACCUCCCUAAAUAUUCUACAAUGGAAAGAAUGGAAGAAGCACUUCAAGUAGCCAUCAACAACAACAGAGGAUUUGGCUGACCUUUUAACAGGCUCUUUACCUCUUUUUGGAAAUAUUUUCUAAACUAAAAUUACGAAUUUGAGGAUUAGCAUAAAAGUCUUGCUGGCUAUUCUGUGUGUUUACUUGUUCUUUUAGAGUUGCUGUAAUUGCACAUGAAAUGUAUUAGUUAUGAUAUAGAUUAGGCUGUUACAACAAGGGAACCUUAAACCACAGUGCUUUAAACAAGACAGAAGUUUGUUUCUCUCUCAAAAAAGUCUGGGUAGUCACUACUUGGUUUAUACCCAGAAGAUCUGAAAGCAGGGACACGAACAGACAUUUGCACACCAAUGUUCAUAACAGCAUUAUUCACAAUUGCCAAAAGAUGGAAACAACCCAAGUGUCCA